AUGUGGCUCCUAAUCCUUGGCUACCUAUUCCUAAGCACCUCCCAAGCCUGUAUCUUCUGCCGCCUCCCUUCUAGAGACCUUUCUGAACGCCUGGCUCUUCUCUGUGACCAGAUAAGUUCAGAAUGGGGAGACUGUAAAACCAGCUGGAACUUCUCAACCUUUGCCUUAGAUGGUGUGUCCAUGGAUAGAAUUACAGAGAAGACACACAGAGUCAUGAUGGUCCUUGAAAUCAAAGAUUCCCUGUUUUCCCUUCCCUCCUAUUGGCAAUGGCUUCAGGAGACUAAACUUCCUGAAUAUGUGAGGCAAGCUCUGUGCCCUCCUGCCUGCCGUGGAAAGACUACCCUGUACAACUGCUCCACGUGCAAAGCUAUUGAGGUUCAUUGCUGGCCUCUCAAGCGUUGCUUCCCAGGACGACAGGACCUAAGGGAAGCCAGGAUCCUGCUCCUUUCUCUUUCGGCUGCCUCAUUAAUUCUAGGUUUCAUCAGCUGUAUAGUAGAGUCCAGAUCCCUCCCUGCAGAGUGAUCUCAUGAGAAGAUUUCAAGGCCUUCCCCCCAGUUUCCACCUUCAAGGUCUCUGUUGACUCAGUCUCUGGCUGACUCAGUACUCCCAACCUUCAAGGACCACACACAUACCUAACUCCCCACCCCCUCACACACCACUACUCUGUGACUCAGAUGAAUACAGAUGGAAAGAACCCUCAUACUGUCCCCCCAGAACCCCUUUCACCUAGUCCCUGAAAAAUCAGCGGGGAACAUUGUCCUCAAAGUCAUCUCCAGCCUUCCUCUCCUUAGUUCUCAUGGGUUUUGUAGAUUCUGGGAGAUUCAACCUUCUUUGCAGAUUCAACCUUCUUUGGAAAACUCUCCCCAUGUUGGGGAUGACAUUACCUUGUUUUAAAGCUAACAAGGUAUACAUAGAUGUAGGUGUAUGUGUAUUCAUGUAUAUCCCCACUCACAGCAAGACACCCCUCCCCUUCCCUGGCAUUUUUCUUCUCAUGUUGUCACUAAAUAUCCUUAUUUUAAUCCCU